UACUGGCCCAAAGCAUGGUAACGGUACCUUCUAAAACGGGGCGAAGGGGAUUGUCACCUCCCAACUGACGGAGAAAAAUGAUUGCUCCUGUUUACCAGGCAUUUUAACCGGAACACGCUCGGGAUGACCGAGUCUCCGGCGAACCAGUAGUAGCUAGAGUACACAUUAGAUAAGCUCAAGUCGUGUUUCACUUUCAGUCAACACUAGAUGACAAAAGUGCAACCCUAGUUGGCUUAGCUAGCUCCUUUCAUUUCCUUUGAAAGUGAAGUUUUGUUCUGUAUUACCUGCAAAUUCCACUUAGUGUUAUCAAACAAUAAGCAACAGACAAAAGAAAUUGCCAAGAACUCAGUUUUAUCACUGAAGCAAGCAUCAGAAUGGCAAUUCAAGCAUGCUUCUUGAUCAUAUUCAUAUUAUCAAGCGUGUUGUUUGUGGAUUCCAAGUAUAUUGCUUACAAUACGACGUCCAGCAUUGUUCCUGGGAAGAUCAAUGUUCACUUAGUGCCUCAUACGCACGAUGAUGUUGGCUGGUUAAAGACUGUUGAUCAGUACUAUGUUGGAUCUAACAAUUCCAUUCAGGGAGCAUGCGUGCAAAAUGUACUGGAUUCUUUAGUGCCCGCAUUGCUGGCAGAUAAAAAUCGCAAGUUCAUAUAUGUUGAACAGGCAUUUUUUCAGCGUUGGUGGAGAGAUCAGAGCCCGGAAAUUCAAAUUAUAGUCAAGAAGCUUGUUAGCUCGGGUCAACUUGAGUUAAUAAAUGGGGGCAUGUGCAUGCAUGAUGAGGCGACUACACAUUACAUUGAUAUGACUGAUCAAACAACUUUAGGGCAUCGAUUUAUCAAAGAAGAAUUUAAUGUAACACCAAGAAUUGGUUGGCAAAUCGAUCCAUUUGGACAUUCUGCUGUACAGGGUUAUCUGUUCGGAGCAGAGGUUGGAUUCGACUCUAUCUUUUUCGCACGUAUUGACUAUCAAGACAGAGCUAAAAGGAAGGAUGAGAAGAGUCUUGAAGUUGUCUGGCAAGGCUCUAAAAGUCUAGGCUCAUCUGCACAGAUAUUUGCUGGGGCAUUCCCUAAGAAUUAUGAACCUCCAAGUGACAACUUCUACUUUGAAGUUGAUGAUGAGUCCCCCAUUGUUCAGGAUAAUGAGAAUUUGUUUGAUUACAAUGUCCCUGAUCGUGUGAAUGAUUUCGUAUCUGCUGCAUUGUCUCAAGCUAACAUAACUCGGACGAAUCAUAUCAUGUGGACUAUGGGGACAGAUUUCAAGUACCAGUAUGCUCACACCUGGUUCAAGCAGAUGGACAAGUUUAUUCAUUAUGUGAAUCAAGAUGGGCGGGUGAAUGCCCUUUACUCAACACCAUCUAUAUACACUGAUGCAAAAUAUGCAGCAAAAGAAUCUUGGCCUCUCAAGACUGGUGACUACUUCCCAUAUGCCGAUGCUGUAAAUGCUUACUGGACUGGAUACUUUACAAGUAGGCCUGCUAUUAAAGGCUAUGUUAGGACAAUGAGCGGCUACUAUUUGGCAGCGAGACAAUUGGAGUUCCUUAAAGGGAGAAGUAAAGCAGGACCAAAUACAGAUUCUCUGGCUGAUGCUUUAGCAGUUGCUCAACAUCAUGAUGCUGUCAGUGGCACAGAGAAGCAGCACGUUGCUAGUGAUUAUGCAAAACGGCUUUCUGUAGGAUACAAGGAGGCUGAAAACGUAGUUGGAGCAUCACUAUCAUGCAUAGCAGAGUCCAAGUCAAAAUCUGGUUGUGCAAAUACGACGAUCAAGUUUCAACAGUGUCCCCUGCUGAAUAUAAGUUAUUGUCCUGGAUCAGAAGUUGAUUUGUCAAAAGGAAAAGGCCUGGUGGUGGUUGUCUACAAUUCUCUGGGAUGGAAAAGAGAGAAUGUUAUAAGAAUUCCUGUUAUAAAUGAAAAUGUCAACGUCAAGGAUUCUGUAGGAAGAGAAAUUGAAUCACAACUUCUGCCUCUAUUCGAUGCCCCUAAAACCAUAAGAAACUACCAUUCUAUGGCAUAUAUGGGUAGCUCCCCAGAUGUGACACCCAAGUACUGGCUGGCAUUUUCAGCAUCUGUACCACCUCUUGGUUUCAGCACUUACAUCAUUUCCGCUGCCACCUCAACCACCAAACGGGCAGCUGCUGUGUCAAGGCAAAAAGUAUACAAUUCAGAAGUGACUCAAAAUGAUUCAAUUGAAAUAGGGCCUGGAAACUUAAAGCUAAUAUAUUCUGGGAAAGAAGGGAAGCUUACGCAGUAUAUAAAUGGCAGAAACUCGGUCAAAGUAUCUGUGGAGCAGUCAUAUAGCUAUUAUGCUGGAAAUGAUGGAAGCUUUCAGGCCUCUGGAGCAUACAUCUUUCGCCCAAAUGGUACAUAUCCCAUCAACUCCAAAGGGCAGGUUGCUUUCACUGUUUUACGGGGCCCUUUACUGGAUGAAAUACAUCAGAGGAUCAGUUCAUGGAUAUAUCAGAUAACCAGAGUGUACAGGGGGAAAGAACAUGCUGAAGUUGAGUUCACUGUUGGGCCAAUACCACUUGAUGAUGGAAUCGGCAAAGAGGUUGUAACUAAGAUCACGACAACUCUAAACAACAACAAGACCUUCUAUACAGAUUCAAAUGGGCGUGAUUUUAUAGAAAGGAUUCGAGACUACAGGAAAGAUUGGGACCUUCAAGUGAAUGAACCUGUUGCUGGAAAUUAUUACCCUAUUAAUUUUGGAAUUUACAUGAAAGAUAAUAGUUCCGAAUUCUCCAUCCUAGUAGAUAGAUCUGUUGGCGGAUCAAGUCUUGUGGAUGGGCAGUUGGAACUAAUGCUCCAUAGGAGAUUAGUUAAGGAUGAUUCUAAAGGAGUUGGAGAGGCACUGAAUGAAACAGUUUGUAUUCUUGGUUCGUGCACGGGAUUGACUAUUGUGGGGAAGUACUACUUAAGAAUAGACCCUUUAACUGAGGGAGCUAAGUGGCGUCGAUCGUAUGGUCAAGAGAUAUAUUCUCCUUUCCUCUUAGCCUUUGCAGAGCAGGAUGGAAACAAUUGGACAAACAAUCAUGUAACAACCUUUUCUGCAAUGGAUCCCUCCUAUGUUUUGCCUGAUAAUGUUGCAAUAAUAACCCUCCAGGAACUUGAUAAUGGAAAAGUUUUGAUUCGGUUGGCGCACUUAUACGAGAUUGGAGAGGAUAAGGAUUUGUCAACCAUGGCAAGUGUACAAUUGAAGAAGGUGUUCCCAUACAAGAAGAUAAAGAAAGUAACAGAGACAAGUCUAUCCGCGAACCAAGAGAGAGCAGCAAUGGAGGAGAAGAGGCUAAAAUGGAAAUCUGAAGGUUCCUCUGGAGAAGAAGCAAAGGUGGCAAGAGGAAAACCUGUACAUCCUGUGGCACUAGUAGUUGAACUUGCUCCGAUGGAAAUCCGCACCUUUCUCGUAGACUUUAAUAAAAAAUGAUCAACCAAUGUGUAGAAUGCAUCCAUUGUUGAUCCAGCUUCUUAGAGACUUGGUCCAUUGCCUAGUGCAACUUUACAAUUAAUUCAAACCAGUGGUUUGCCGGAA